AUGUCGACCGAUGCCGACACUAAGGAGCUCACAGUGACGAUGUACAACCAAGUAGAUGUUAAGGGUAACAUUCCCACUUGGAUCGUCAAUAAAGCUCAGAAUAAACAGCCCGGGUGUUUGAAUGAUAUGUACAAGCUUCUCAAGAACUAG